GCUUGACGUUACGUUCUGCAUGCGGCUGAAAUCGAGGCUGCCUAGUCGAGGAUGAUCAGCGCCGACACUUCAGCUGCAGUCUCUUGCUGACAUCAAUGCCCCUCAAUUAAAAUAAGUCAUCUAAACAUCCCACCUCUCCAACUUGAAACCCACAUCCCUCCUCAUAAGUCUUACCAGAUUCUCAACAACCCCUCCUCUCCACAAUGUCCUCCCUCCCAGGCGAAACCUACCGCCUCGCAUACCCCAACCUGCCCAACCUGGAAAACCCCCCGUACGUCUCUUACGGCCGCCGGCACCACGAAGCCUGCGCCCACCACGUGGAAAACACCUUCCAAGCCCAGCGCGUCUACCUCAUCGCCUCCACCUCGCUCUCCAAAAACACCUCCGAAGUCAGCAAAUUGCAAACGGCGCUGGGGUCCCGCCUCGCCGGCACGCGAAUCGGAAUCUCGCCCCACACGCCGUGGGACGAAGUCAUAGCCGCUACCAAAGAGGCUGUAGCUGUGAAGGCUGAUUGUAUUGUCACGUUGGGUGGAGGGAGCAUUAUCGACGGGGCGAAGUGCAUGCUGCUCUUUAUUGCGAACGACAUCACGAGCGUCGAGCAGAUUGCGCCUUUUGGGGCGAAGAUUCGAGCCACGCAGGGCGCGAUGCGGCAGUCCUCUGCAGGGCUGGAUUGCGUCGCGCCGACGAUUCCACUUAUUUGCAUCCCCACUACCCUUUCGGGGGGCGAGUACACGCAGUAUGCCGGGGGCACGGAUCCGGAGACGCAUUACAAGCUCGUCAUGGGGCAUCCGUUCUGUGGGCCGCGAUUGAUUAUUUGCGAUCCGCUGGUGACGCUCACGACGCCGAGGUGGGUGUGGUUGAGCACGGGGGUGCGAGGGGUGGAUCAUGCGGUUGAGUGCUACUGUCGCGUGCACGAGCCGGAGGAGAGCGUGGACGCGGCGGCUUUGGAGGCGCUGCGGUUGAUUGUGGCGGGGUUGUUGGGGACGUCAAAGGAGUGGGAGGAUGAAGAGGCGAGGCUGCGGAAUUUGCUGGGCGUUGGGGUCGCGCUGUAUAUGCUGCGGAAAGGGGUGUUGGGCACCGGAGCGAGUCAUGGCAUCGGACACCAACUGGGUCCGUUAGGCGUGGGACACGGCGAAACGAGUUGCAUCCUGCUGCCGAGCGUAUCGAAGUGGAAUGCUAAAGUGAAUGGCGAAAAGCAGGAGCGCAUCAAGGCGGUGCUGUGGAGCGAAGAGACGGUCGCGACGGUGUUGAAGGCGAGAGGGUUGAAAGAGGACACGGCGGACUUGGGCGAUUGUCUGGAUGCGGUGUUCAGGGAGCUGGGCAUGCCGCGGACGUUGCAGGAGGUGGGAGUCGGCCGGGACAAGUUCGCGGCGCUGGCGGCGAAUAGUCUGAAGGACUUUUGCUGCGAGGUCAAUCCCAUUCCGAUGGUGAGGGAGGAGCAGGUGUUGGAGAUUCUGGAGAUGUGUGCUUGAUAGACUAGACUGACAUUCUCGGACACGAAUUAGACCCUUUUCUGAUCUGACGGUUGCGCCUGUGGACGAGUGGGUGGAAGUGUUGCGUCCAAGGCUGGCUAUUUUUGGCCCUUGUCGGCAGCCGACCAAUCAGCGUUCGCCAUUCCGUAACUUCACCUUCACUCGAAACCUCAC